AUGGCGGUCAGUGAUCUUAUUGCUGGGCUGUUUCCCAUCAAGAUAAUAGAAAUAAAUUUCGACAGUGAAUGGCUUAUUGGCGGUGACAUUGGUAAUGCUCUGUGCAAGCUGUCUAACUUUACAAUAAAUACGUCUUUCGCUGUUUCUGCAUAUAGCUGUGUUGCCAUUGCUAUUGACCGGUAUUUCGCCGUAGCUCAUCCAUUCAAGAGACCUUUCGAGGGCAAGAUGAAACACGUCAUUGCAGUUGUUUGGAUUAUUGCAGCCUUCAUGAAUUCACCAAACUUGCACUAUUUGGUUAUUAUUCAAUAUGGAAACCUAUUGAACUGCUCGGUAUCGAAAAAGGACCGGUCUUCACUUUUAGUUUACUUUUAUGUCGUUACAGUAACGUUGACCAGUGUUUUGCCAGUGUUGCUCAUCCUAAUAACCUACCUUUUAACGAUCUACAAACUUUUUCACCACAAAUUACCUGAAUUGCAGACAGCGCAGCGAAGAAAAAGAGAACAGCAAAACAAGAAAGUAUUGAAACAUGCUGUGACAAUUGCAGUGUUGCUGUUCAUUUGUCAUGGUUUUUGGGUGACUGUUGUGUUGCUGAAUACACAAGGAAAGCUGGACGAUCUCUCGUCCUCAAUAGUUUCCAAUUUACUAGAGGCGAAAGAUUUCGUGGCAGUCCUCACUCUUGUCUACAACUUUUUCAUCUACCUCAUCUUUAACGAUUUUUAUCGUGAGAAUAUCCAAGCUUUAAUAUACAAGUUGCUGUCGAUCUGA